AUGCCCGCCGCCGGCCAUGUCCACUACCUCGUCGCGGGAGGCUCCGGAGGAGGCGACGACCCCAGGUACCCCUGGACCUUCAAGUCCCUGCACGAGGUGGACGCCGUCGUCCCUGCCAUCGCCCGUGGCAGCAAGAGGCCGGCCGCCGUCCCCGGUGGAGCACAGGUAGAGCCCUACGGGUGCCCUAUCUGCUUCCGCAUGUUCGCCACUGCCAAGGCCGUCCAUGGCCACAUGCGCAGCCACACGGACCGCAGCUGGCGCGGCAUGGAGCCGCCCCGGCCGCCGCCCCUGGCCGAGAUCCGUUACCCGUACGUGUGCGACCGCUGCAAGAUGCCGUUCCAGACGCGGCAGGCGCUCGGCGGCCACCGUGCUAGCCACAAUGGUAAGAAAGGCUGCUCCUGGCUCGAAAGGGAGGAACUCGCCGUCGCCGAAGAAGCUCGGAAGCCCAUCGUGUUCGACGUUGAUCUGAACCUUCCGGCUCCCGAGGCAGAUCAGAAACAGGAGGAGGAGGAGGAGUAGGAGUGAUCAACAGAUCGAUCGAGCAGCUUGCUAGUGUUCUCAGUUGACAGUUGUUGGAGCUGUGCUUGCGUGUGCUAUAUUUGGUGUUUAGCUUCUCCGAUAUUAUAUCUGCCUUCCUUCUCUUUGACUUUGUGUUUCGAGACUUGGGUUGCAAAUAGCUCCGGAUCGAUCGAUCCCCUUCUAAUUGAUAAAUAAAUGAAGACUGCA